AUGGACUCUUCAUUCACAAUUCUCACUCCAAAUGCCAUGCUUGGCUAUGGAUAUCGGGAAGAUCAUUUCUGGUAUGGCGUCGAAAAAUACAACCCAGCCGCCAUUAUCGUUGAUAGCGGUUCGACCGAUGGAGGACCCUACAAGCUGGGCAUGAACAAAAUGACAUGUGGAAGGGAGUCAUACAUUCGAGAUUUGAGUCCAAUACUGGAAGCGUGCUUUUAUCGCAAGAUCAAAGUCUUGAUUGGGUCUGUAGGUGGAGAUGGCAGCGACAAGCACGUGGAAGAGAUGCUCGAAAUUGUGCGUGGGAUCGCUGAGAGCAAUGGAUACUCCUUCAAAAUUGCAACAAUUCGGGCCGGAAUGGAUCGUACUUUGAUUAAAGAAAGGAUUCGAAGCAAUCGAUGCUCUCCCUGUGGACCACUAGAUCCUUUGACAGUCAAAGAUGUCGAUGCAGCAGUUGAUGUUGUUGCUCAGAUGGGAGCCGAGCCGUUCAUGCAGGCCUUGAAAGAUGAUCCGGAUAUCAUUCUUGGCGGCAGGUCUUACGAUCCUGCGCCGUUUGCAGCAUUUUGUAUGUCUCGUGGAGUUGACCCUGGCGUUGCAUGGCAUAUGGGAAAGAUCAUGGAAUGUGGUGGUAUCUGCGCUGUUCCAAAGGGCAGAUCUAUGAUUGCAACUAUGAGGAAGGAUUCUUUUGACCUGAUACCAUUGUCUCCGUUGGAAAGGUGCACACCGCUAUCAGUAGCAUCUCAUACACUUGGAGCAGUGUUCUCUCCUACACCGGUGUACCAGAUAAAGCUGGAAGGCGUCGAGCUGCUUGGUUACAGAACCAUAUUCAUUGGGGGAAUUCGCGACCCUAUCCUGAUCUCCCAAAUCGACGACUUCCUCGAGAAAGUCAGACAGUAUACCCAUGGGUUGUUUCCUGCACUUGAUAAGUCUGAGAAGUGCCGUCUAAACUAUCACAUUUAUGGUCGAAAUGCAGUGAUGGGUCCUCUUGAGACGGAAAUUAGUGUCGCUUAUGAGCUUGGAAUCAUGGGUGAAGUAAUGGCUGAGACACAAGAGUUGUCCCAUACCAUUACUAACAAUGUUCGCACAUCUCUUCUUCACAUGCCAUAUGAAGGGCAACUGGCCACUACCGGAAAUUUCGCUUCUCCACUUUCUCCGCACGAACAAGAAGCAGGUGCGGUCUUCAAAUUCAGCUUGUACCAUUUAAUCGACUUGAAUGCUGGAGAGGAGUUGGAUCUCUUUCCGAUCAGGUUCCAUCAAAUAGGGACGACGAGCCCAGUGCAGGAAGAGAAAGGGCACUUAACUCAGUCGCAAUUGGAGUUCUUCACAAGCACAAAGCCACUUCCAAUCGCCCGAAAGGAAACGACGCAAGACGCGGUUGCAAUGAUGAAUAUUGCCAAAGUCAUUCGCUCAAAAAAUAGUGGCCCUUUCGAACUUACUUUGGACAUCAUGUUCGACGACCAAGAGUCCUAUGAACGAGUAAAGAAAGCGGACUUACUGACGAACUCUAUUAUCAAACGCCUAUACCGAGUUGAAGAUCAUGACAUUCUCACUAAUAUGUACUUUGAGCCUGCACUGGCAUGGAAAUGCACUUUGAAAAGGCCUUGGGCUCAGGGUAGCUUUGGGGAAAGAGAUACCUUGGGCACGCAGCAGCACGCCCCGUUGUUAACUUUGCUGGUGCCAGCUUCUGGAAAGAAAGCUCUGAUGAAUGGAAAGUUGAACGGAAAGGUCAAUGGUACUAUAUAA